UGUCAGCGACAGAGGAGGGCGGCUGGCCCUCCGGCCCUCUUCCCCGCGGAAAGGCGACCGAAGGGGCAUCUCCCGAGCCAUUGGGCCUGAACGCGACCCCACGGCCCUCGCUGGGGACCCGCCUCCGUCUCGGGCCGGAAGGUGUGCGCGGUGAGGCGGAGGCCGGGGCCAAGCGCGGGCCGCGCGUGGGAGCCAGGAGGGGGUUAACGCCAACCCCUCCCGCUCGGGCUGACAUCACGGGGAGAGCGGCUGAGAGGCUGGAGCUCGGCGAGUGAGAGAAAGAGAGGGAGAGGAGCAAGCGAGGCUCUACUCGGCGCCCGAGCAGCUCCACAUUGUUGCGGAUCGCCGGGAUCCGGCACAGCGAGCCGCAGCAGCGCGGCAGGGACGCGGCACCCCCGGCUUGCUCUUCUCCCGCGGAGCCGCACCGCCAGAUCGCCCCCUCCGCCUGGGCCCCGAGCUCACCGCGCCACUCGACCCGCCGCCCUCGCUUGUCCCGCCGCCCUCGGAGGACGGCCGGCCAUGGAUGCCUGCAAGUUGGAGCCGAGCGGGAGAGUGUGAGAGCGCCGGGGGCCGGGAGCCCGCGCCGCGCAGCGGGGCAGCCGGGCGCGCCGGGGGUGGGUCCCUCUCCCCAGGCCGGCUUUGCGUGGAAGAAGAGGGCGGGGACCGGCGCGGGGAGGAGAGCAGAGGAGGAGAAGGGGGCAUGACUCGUGCAACUUGCGGCGGGCAUCUGCCGAGCCUCUGAGCCGGCGGCGGCCCGGGGCCCGGAUUGCGGCCGCGCGGAUCCCACCCAGCCCACCCCGCCCCGGCCGACGGCUGAGGCUGACCUGGAUCCUCCGAGAACCCGCCGGCCGGCAGGGAUCGCCUUCGUCUUCCGGGCUGCUUUCUGGAGAGCGAGGAGCGCUCUCCUCGCGGCUCCUCUCUCCGGACCCCCGGACCCCGAUGGCUCGGAUGGGGCUUGCGGGCGCCGCUGGACGCUGGUGGGGACUCGCUUUAGGUUUGACCGCCUUCUUCCUCCCAGGUGCCCACACCCAGGUGGUCCAGGUGAACGACUCCAUGUAUGGUUUCAUCGGCACAGAUGUGGUGCUGCACUGCAGCUUCGCCAACCCUCUGCCUGGCGUGAAGAUCACCCAGGUCACGUGGCAGAAGGCCACCAAUGGCUCCAAGCAGAACGUGGCCAUCUACAACCCCGCCAUGGGCGUCUCGGUGCUGGCCCCCUACCGGGAGCGUGUGGAGUUCCUGCGACCCUCCUUCACUGACGGCACCAUCCGCCUCUCCCGCCUGGAGCUGGAGGACGAGGGCGUCUACAUCUGCGAGUUUGCCACCUUCCCUGCAGGCAAUCGAGAGAGCCAGCUCAACCUCACUGUGAUGGCCAAACCCACCAACUGGAUAGAGGGCACCCAGGCGGUGCUUCGAGCCAAGAAAGGGAAGGAUGACAAGGUCCUGGUGGCCACCUGCACCUCGGCCAAUGGGAAGCCUCCCAGUGUGGUGUCCUGGGAAACGCACCUGAAGGGCGAGGCAGAGUACCAGGAGAUCCGGAACCCCAAUGGCACAGUGACUGUCAUCAGCCGCUACCGCCUGGUGCCCAGCCGGGAAGACCACCGGCAGUCCCUGGCCUGCAUCGUCAACUACCACAUGGACCGCUUCCGGGAGAGCCUCACCCUCAAUGUGCAGUAUGAGCCUGAGGUGACCAUCGAGGGGUUUGAUGGGAACUGGUACCUGCAGCGAAUGGAUGUGAAGCUGACGUGCAAAGCUGAUGCCAACCCCCCAGCCACCGAGUACCACUGGACCACGCUGAAUGGCUCCCUUCCCAAGGGUGUGGAGGCCCAGAAUAGAACGCUCUUCUUCAGGGGACCUAUCAACUACAGCAUGGCAGGAACCUACAUCUGUGAGGCCACCAACCCCAUCGGUACCCGCUCGGGCCAGGUGGAGGUCAAUAUCACAGAGUUCCCCUACACCCCGUCUCCUCCCGAACACGGGCGGCGUGCAGGGCAGGUGCCCACGGCCAUCAUUGGGGGCGUGGUGGGCAGCAUCCUGCUGGUGCUAUUUGUGGUCGGCGGGAUCGUGGUGGCACUGCGCCGGCGCCGUCACACCUUCAAGGGUGACUACAGCACCAAGAAGCACGUAUACGGCAAUGGCUACAGCAAGGCGGGCAUCCCCCAGCACCACCCGCCCAUGGCCCAGAACCUGCAGUACCCCGAGGACUCGGACGACGAGAAGAAAGCCGGUCCCCUGGGUGGAAGCAGCUACGAGGAGGAAGAGGAGGAGGAGGGCGGAGGGGGUGAGCGCAAGGUGGGUGGCCCCCACCCCAAAUACGACGAGGAUGCCAAGCGGCCCUACUUCACCGUGGAUGAGGCAGAGGCCCGUCAGGACGGCUACGGGGACCGGACUCUGGGCUACCAGUACGACCCUGAGCAGCUGGACUUGGCCGAGAACAUGGUUUCUCAGAACGACGGGUCUUUCAUUUCCAAGAAGGAGUGGUACGUGUAGCCCCCCUCUCCAGAGCCUCCGUCCCAGCCCCCACCCGCACGCCCCCUGCCCACCCCCCACCGCCCACUCCUCCAGGAGCUUGCCAGAGACUCACCCAGCUGCCCAAAGCUGGCCCCCAGCUCCUGGGGCACCAGGGAGCCCAGGACGCCCGCCCAGGCUUUGUCUUGGUUCCCUCCCAUCCCCUGCGUCCCCCAUGGUGUUGUGUUCACUGUGGCUUCGGUGUUGCUGAUCCCUUUCUCCUCUGACCCCACCUGCCACCCUCUGCGGGAGCCCCAUUUUCUCGUCUUGUGUACCCGGGCGUGCCCCCAGGGCUUGGGGAGCCAGCCCUCCCCCGCCCCCAACACUGGAAUUUGUGUGUGUCCCCUCCUUGCGGGCGGAGGGCUGAAGGGGCUCCAAGAGGAAAAGCCCCACCCCUGCCGUCCCCAGACCCCCGAUGCUGCUCCUUUUUCCCCAGGAGAGGGAACCCGGCACACCCCCACCCCCAAUCCCACCAUGAGCUGACGCAGUGGGAGUUUGGACCCCCAGUCUAGGCAGCCUUUGCACCCAAGAGGUAGGGGGUGGGGGGGGUGGCUUUUCCAAAGCAGCCAGGGUUGUCCAUGUUUGUUAAGUGAAUCAAGUUGAGGUCCCCACCCCGGGCCUUGAGCAGCGUGUUUUCCUGGCAGGGUUGGUGUUGCAUUUUUUUUCCUCACUGGCCUCCAGAGUUUCGUUGGCUCGGUUCUGGUGUGCCUGCUCCCACAGAGCGGGUCACCAGGUAGACCUGGCCCACGUGACUUCCCGUACCUCUGCCAACAUGUCCACACACCUACAUGCACAUAAACGCCACUCGUGUCUACCCCUGUGCUCCCCCUGGGGUCACAUGCCUUACCCAGGCUGGACACUGCCCAAGGUCACCUCGCCGUUCCACCUCUUCCCCCUUCCUUCCCGCUGAGGAUGGGGACAGCCUUCCGAAGCUUCCAGGGAUAUAGCUGAGAUGAGGCCCCUCGGCGCCUCCACCCUCGGGUCUCACUCAGGCUGGCCCUGAACCGCUUCUUACAGCAUGGAAGUUUCUCCGAUUUCUGCCUUCCCUGUCAAGUGCUAGCAGCUCUUGAUUCUCUCUGGGAGUCAGAGCUGGGAGCCCAGGAGGGAAUUACCUCCGGGAGUGCCAGGCACAGGAGUGUCCACAGGAAGGGCAUCGGAGAAGGAAGCUGGCACAGGGGAAGCGGGCGGAGUCCGCUGAGACUCCGGAGGGUCGUCGGUGUCAGUGUAGAGGUUCCAGGCCUGCCGGGAAGUGGGGAAGUGCGAUGAGAGCAGGUGGCCGGGGAUCCUGAGUCAGAAGCUCCUGCUCGGCACCCUCCCAUCCUGCUCAGCUCUCCCUGGUCUCCAUUCCGGAUUGGGGCUGCGGGGGGACCGUGGAGAAGCUUUCCCUUUGAAUCGUCCAUUCCCUUCUUGAACGGGGCCCUGGGGGCCUGUCGGUCACCCAAGACUGAUGGUUUUCCCGUCUGGACUGUGGAGGAAGGCCCCUCCCAGCUCUCACUCAGUUCCCCCAGCUCAAAGUGCCUCAGUUCCUCCAUCUGCUCACCCCAGCCCUCCAGCACUCUAGAUGGGAAAGACCCUGGGAUGGGAGAGGCAGGUUCAGGCCUGCCCAUUAGGAUUCUGGUUAACUCAGCCCAGGGUGCAGGGGCUCUGUGGGAUGGCAAGUGUUGAGGGGAGGGAGGCAGACCACUCUGUGCCCCACGGGCACCAACCUACCCUGCCAUGGGCUUCCCAAGGGAGCCCCCAGCCCCCGCCCUACUCCUCCCCUCCCUGGUGCUGCUGUUGAACCCCCAGCCAGCUCCAUCUCUGCCCUGGCAACCCUGGACCCACUAGCUGGGCGACCCUCCUCUCCCAGCCCCCACUGCCCUAGCCCCAGCCCAGACCACCCAGUAGCCACGUAGCAGAAGUCUGAAGCCAUGCCAGCCCUGGGGCAGAUCUCCCCUCUCUUGGCAUUGGGGGUACUGGAUGGGGUGGAGUUGGGAGAAAAUUCUGGGGUCUUUCUAGCCACAGGGCAGAGGGGGAUGGAGGAGCUGGGCUGCAUCUCCCAGCAGUGUUAGUGUCCGCCCCCCUCCCCCCUCCCAGGGCAGAGGACCUUUUCCAUGUCACAUCACUGCCCCAUCCCACCUCACACCACUCUGGUCCCUCUGCUUGGUCCCCUCGCCCGCCCCCAGGCAGGAGGCAAUCCCAGGGGCUUGCCUGAUGGAGGCAUUCUCUGUCCCCUUGAAGACUGAAAGGACUCCUCCUCUCGUGUGUCCCUUAUCCUGCACUGCCACCCCCUCUUCUUUAUUAUGUGAUGGACUUAGGAGGCCCCCGGGGCCUAGCCAAAGCACUGAGUCCCCCCCUUAAGACACCUCCAUGCCCUCUCCUCCAGCAAAGCACAAAUCGUGGGGUUCAAGCCCCAUGCAUGGGCCACUUGGAAGGCUCCUGCCUUGUGAGGGCCCCAUCAGCAGGGCAGCUGCUACCCCGGGGCUGAGAGUGGACCUGAGGCGGGGGUCGGCACUUGGGUGUGGGGAGACGGGGUCUUCUGUGGCCCAAGUUUGUGGGGCAGUGCUACUGCUGGGCCACAGCCGGCUGGCAACGUGGAGGUCCUGCCCAGCGGCCAGAUGAGGACAUCUUGCUUCUCCUCCGAGCCCCCAGCAUGAGCUGAGCUUCUGCCUUUGCUGGAAAUGAAAUAAACUUGGUCUUCAUUGUGCCAAGGCCUCCCCAGUUGUCAUCCUGCCUCUUGUUGCCCCUCUGUCCUUGCCUGCCCCCCCACUUCACCGAUAUCCCUAUUUCCUUAAGAUUUUGAUAUUGUUCUAAUGUGUAACAGAACCCUCCGAGUCCCCUUUGAUCAGAAGGCUCUGAAGAGCAGCAGCACGGAAUCGGGGAACACAGGCACGCACGUGCAGCCCGGCCCACGCGUUCACGGGGACGCACACCUGCGGCCAGGCCCAAGCACCAGUGCCCCGCACAAGCCUGGCUACUUACAGCCCUGCAGACAUGCCAGGGGCAUGGGCUGGUCCUGCUGAAAGCCCUUCAGGAAAAGCAGUGACUUCCCAGAGCCAGGGUCCUCACAGAGGUUCACAGGGGCCCUGUUUCCCUGGCACGUGCUCCCUCUGCCAACCCCCUCCUAUGUGCCCAAGUCACUGGUGCAAACGUUUUUUUCUCCCUCAUCCAAGCAGAGAAGUCAGGGAUUGUGUUAGGCGAUGCGGGCAGCUCACCUGGGAGGAGGGGAGGCUGGGGGGCCAGACAGAGGCCUCCGAGGAGCCCUCUCCCACCUGGAGCCCUCUCCUGGAAGGGAGCAGGUGGGUCCCUCCAGCCCCACACCGUGGGGAGACCCACCCUGGCCCCUGUGCGGUGGCCCAGGCAGCGAGGGCUUCGGCAGCAUCUCUGCUGCCUGAUGGAGUGUAAGGCCCAAGGAGCACCCGCCCCACCGCCCCGGUGCUGCUGCUCUUCCGACUCCUGCUGUGAGGAAUGGGAUUCUCGGCUGGAAAAAAAAAAAAAAAAAAUGGUUUUCUUUUUUUGUAUAAAUGGAAACAAAAUCCAGGAGAAGCUGCCCCCCACCCCAAGUUUGACACACUACCUUUGCUUCAGUUUCUUAGUCACUGUUUUCGUCUUUGGUCCCGGGGACGGCCCAGCAGAUUCUCCUGGUUCUAACCCAGGGGGUGUUUGCAUCACCCCCUUUUACUUGUAUAAAAAAAAUGAUGGGUUGAAAAUGUACUGAGGAAAAAAAAUGUACUUUUUUAUAAAUAAAGUCUUUAAA